AUGGAAAUCUCUACUCUCGCAAUGUACCAUUGCCUUGCUUUUGUCUGGUAUUUUUUUGUCACCUAUUCAAUCACGCACGUAAGAACAGAAGAGCGGCCAUCUGAAGUGUUCCUUUACGGUGGGCAGUGGAAAUAUUUGACAGUCCUCAAUCUGGUUUUGCAGGCUGUCUUCUAUGGGGUGUCCUUCCUGGCUGAUGUGUUGAGACUAAUUAAGAAACUGCGAUGUGCUAAGUGCGUAAUUUCCAGCAGAGACCUUCUUUUCAGUGUCCUGGCUUUCCCAGUGUCCACAUUUGUGGCUAUAUCCUUUUGGACACUGUAUACCUACAAUCGAGAGCUGGUUUACCCCCAAAGCCUUGAUGGAGUCAUCCCGCUCUGGCUAAAUCACGCUAUGCACACAGUUGUAUUGCCAUUUGCUGUCCUGGAAAUCCUUGCCACGCCGCACCAUUACCCGGCAAAGAAGAAGGGAUUGAUCCUAUUAGGAUUUGUUGCUUUUCUGUAUAUCAGUUGGGUCCUGUGGAUUUAUUCUGUAACGGGAGAGUGGGUAUAUCCUCUCUUUGCUUUGUUCAGCCCGGCCGGGCUAGCAGCCUUUUUUGCCGGUAGCCUUGCCGUCAUCGUGUCUUUCUACAACUUCGGGGAGUUCCUCAACUGUAUGAUAUGGGGAGAUUCAAUAGUAAUACUGGACUACAGGCAGAAAGGCAAGUGA